AUGUCAACCCUAUCAGUCCCUACUCUUCCGCAAUUCGAGCCCGCUUCACCUACAAGCCGUCCACAGAGUCCUGCCCGAUUCGCCGGCUCCUCUUCCAAGAUAACAUCGUCUUACUCCCUGCUCUCUCCCGAAGAGAGCGCAGAUGAACUACAAACUUCCAUCACUCAUGGUCUCUUCCAGAGCGAGGCGCACGCCAGACUUGUCAAAGAUGGCCCCAACGAAUUGCCACACGAAGAGGAGGAGCCGCUGUGGUUAAGGUUCCUCAAACAGUUCAAGGAAACUCUCAUCCUUCUACUCUUGGGCUCUGCUGCCAUCUCCCUCUUCAUUGGCAACCGAGACGAUGCGGUCAGUAUAGCUCUCGCAGUCACGAUUGUUGUCUCCGUCGGCUUUGUGCAGGAAUAUAGAUCCGAAAAAUCUCUCGAAGCUCUAAAUCGUCUCGUGCCGCACUACGCUCACGUGCGCCGAACUGCUACUCCCCCACGGCAUCAUGCGAGAAGCCAUGGCGCUACCACCGAUUCCAUCGAAAUGGAGCCUCUUGCCAAUGGCUCUGCAGUUACCCCUGAAGAGAAAUUAUCCUCUACAAUUCCCGCAUCCCAACUCGUGGCGGGGGAUCUCGUCAUCUUUGCAACCGGCGACCGUGUCCCGGCAGAUAUCCGCAUCACUCGAUCAACGGAACUCACCAUUGACGAGUCGAAUCUGACCGGAGAGAACGAGCCGGUCGAGAAACAUGCGGCCGCCCUCGACAGAGCUCCAAAGAAGUUGGAGCAUCGCCACGGAACUCCAGAGCCGUAUAAUGCAGCCGGCACAGUGGGUGCAGAUGUCCGUCUCAACGAACAACACAACAUCGCCUUUAUGGGCACUUUGGUCCGCUCGGGGCAUGGAGAGGGAAUCGUCAUUGCAACAGGUGGGAAUACGGAAUUUGGCACCAUCUCUCUAUCACUCCAGGAAAUCGAGGCACCGAGGACACCGCUACAGCACUCGAUGGAUCUACUCGGAAAGCAGUUGAGCUAUAUGUCUUUCGUAGUCAUCGGGAUCAUCAUGAUUAUUGGCCUGAUUCAGGGCAAGAAACCUCUAGAUCUCUUCACCAUUGGUGUGUCUCUCGCUGUUGCCGCUAUUCCGGAAGGCCUGCCGAUCAUUGUCACUGUGACCUUGGCCUUGGGUGUAUUGCGCAUGGCCAAAAGAGGCGCCAUUGUUCGAAAACUGCCCAGUGUGGAAACUUUGGGAUCCGUCAACGUGGUCUGUAGUGACAAAACGGGAACCUUGACCAUGAAUCACAUGACAGUUACCAAGGUCUGGCAUUUCGAUGUUGAUCAACCGUUCAAUAUUGACACCUCGGCGCAGCCGACCACUGCCAUGAGGGCGGUCUUUCGCAUUGGCAACAUUGCUAACAAUGGACGUCUCGCCCAAUCAAGCUUGGGCACCACUGCUACCGCAGCCUCUGCCGCUGUACUUUCCUCUACCAGAGAUCUGUCCGCGACGAGUACCAAAAGCAGGUGGUUGGGGCAGCCCACCGACAUCGCAAUGCUUGAUCUUUUGGAUGCAUUUGGGGAAGAUGAUCUACGAGAGCAAGUCGGACACAGGACGAGUGAGACUCCAUUCAGCUCGGAACGGAAAUGGAUGGGUGUCGUGCUUGCUAGUGCCCUGGGAGAGAUGACCAACAAUCAAGGCCUGGGUUCGGAAUCUGCCUACAUCAAGGGCGCGUUGGAACAAAUCUUGAGUCGUUGUGAUACCUACCUCACCAAAGACGGCCAAGAGUUCAUUAUUGAUGAGAAGAGGCGCCAGGAAGCCCAUGCGGCUGCAAAAUCCAUGGCCGAAGAAGGCCUUCGAGUGAUUGGAUUUGCCAGUGGCACUGUCAGAAACAAACAACGUCAAAACAGCCGCAGUUCGACUCCAUUGGGGGAGAAGAAAUCCAACGAGGUCGAUCCUUAUACUGGGUUGUGCUUUGCUGGACUGGUGGGGAUGAAUGACCCUCCAAGAAAAGAUGUUCACAGGUCGAUCAAAAGACUGAUGAAUGGGGGUGUCAAAGUCAUCAUGAUCACUGGCGACGCAGAGACCACGGCUAUGGCCAUUGCGAAGAAACUCGGUAUGCCAGUCAACCCUGCAUCCUCGGCAUCUCGUUCGGUUUUUCGUGGUGACGAACUGGAUCGCAUGUCUGAGCAUGAGUUAUCCGAAGCCAUUGUCAGAACCAAUAUCUUUGCCCGGACCAGCCCCGACCACAAGAUGAAGAUCAUCCGUGCACUACAAGCACGUGGGGACGUGGUCGCAAUGACGGGAGACGGUGUCAAUGAUGCUCCUGCUCUCAAAAAGGCCGAUAUAGGCAUCGCUAUGGGAUUACUGGGGACCGACGUCGCCAAAGAAGCCGCUGACAUGAUCCUCACCGACGAUGACUUCUCCACCAUCCUUCGAGCCAUCGAGCAGGGCAAAGGGAUAUUUUACAAUAUCCAGAACUUCAUCACGUUUCAAUUGAGUACGAGUGUUGCAGCAUUGACGUUGGUCUUGUUGAGUACCAUGUUUGGGUUCAAGAAUCCGCUUAACGCCAUGCAGAUUCUUUGGAUUAAUAUCUUGAUGGAUGGUCCACCCGCACAAUCUCUCGGGGUUGAACCUGUUGAUCCCCGAGUCAUGAAUCAACCACCAAGACCAAGAAAUGCAAAUGUACUCACCAGACGCCUGAUCCGUCGCGUCUUGACCUCGGCUCUGAUUAUCAUGAUGGGUACUCUGACCAUCUACAUUAGGGAGAUGGUUGACGAGGAUGACCCAUCUUCGCCGGCGACUCCAGACAACAUUCCACUGCGAAGGCGAGUUGUCACCAAACGGGAUACGACCAUGACGUUCACCACCUUUGUCCUUUUCGAUAUGUUCAAUGCUUUAACCUGCCGCUCAGAAGCUAAAUCAGUCUUGUUUGGUGAGAUCAAGCUCUUUGGAAACAAAAUGUUCAACUAUGCGGUAGCAGGGAGUUUGGCGGGUCAAUUGUGUGUCAUUUAUCUCCCAUUUUUACAAAGGGUUUUCCAGACCGAGGCCGUGGGGUUUUGGGAUCUAGUAGGUCUCGUGUGCAUAACCAGUACCGUCUUCUGGGUCGAUGAAAUUAGGAAAUGGGUCGAGAAGAGACGUGCUUCUGGCCACUUACCGAGUGUUGGGUAUUCGGCGAGUGUGUAG